AUGCUACAAUUAUCUGGUUGCCUUUUAUUGUCUCAACUAAUUUAUUGUAUUUGUUAUUCACACUUUCCAUAUUUUAAUUCUACAAAUACAACUAAUCAUAAAGAAAUCUUUGGCUGUCCUAUUGAAUUCACUAAAAUAGAAAGUGAUGAAGGAUCAGCAUGUGUCUAGACUCUAUCUGGGAUAUUUAAAGCUCCAUCUAAACACAAGAAACUUCGAAUUGUUUAAGAAAACUCAUAAUGCAAAGUUUGA